GAAUUAAAGAAAGACUCAAAUUCUUAAAAGCUCUUUUUUUUUUUGGGUUAAGAAAGCAGACUUCACUGAUCAUGGCAGACUUAACAGAGAAGAUUUGAAAAGAGGGAGCACCUUUCUUCAAGAAAGCAAGGUGUGUAAUGUGUUCCUCUAUGAUGUGAAGUACAGAAGACUUCUGUUGAAUAAUUCUAACUAAUGGAUCAACGAUAACUGACAUGAUUUGUUUGCCUUGUGGACUCUGUGAUGGACUUGCUACACUCCGAAACUACUUAGAAUGUGACAAUUUCUUUUUCAUCAUGAAUUCUUUUAGAGCUUUCUGAUUUGAGUAGAUUUACGUCAUGAGAGAUUGGUCGCCAAGAGGUAAAAAGAGGCUUAAAUUGGCAUCUGUAGAAACAAUCGCGCUUGAACAGCCGAUACAAAGCACAACAUCAAGGGAAACAAAAGAAGAAAUGGAUGAUAAUUUAGAGACCAAGGGGAAUUUGCUUCCUGAUGACUUGCUUUUUGAGGUUUUUCUUCUACUUCCAGCUGAAACUCUCUGCAAACUACGUUGCGUAUGCAAGUCACUUCUCAACAUGAUCAACAGUACGCGUUUUAUUGAAGAUCACUUCCGUCAAUCUGAGAGAGUUCUAAUUACUGAAAAUUCCUUUCACAAGGAAAACAUACGGUCACCUUUUCCACUACCUUCAGAUAAGAAGAAUGAACUUUAUUUCAAUUUCUGGGAUAUCCACAGCGGCAAAGGCCAAAAAGUUUGUAUGCCAGAUACUUUGGGGAACAUCAAGUGCAUUUUGGCUGCCUGCAAUGGUUUGGUCCUUGCCAAGAUUACGAAAAAUGGAGGUCUAGUUGUUAUGAAUCCAAGUACACGGAACCACAUUCGAGUGCCUCUUGGUACGAUUGGCUUCAUGAAGGAGUGCUAUGCCUUCAUGUUCAGCUAUUUCACAGGUGCUUAUAAGGUGGUACACUUGUUCCGCGAUGACUCUAGAAACAUUCGCUGUGAGAUCCUGAACCUUACAACAAGAUCAUGGCAUGCAGUGGAUGGACCUAAAUCAGGAGAAUUUGGAUUGAUCACAACUCAUAGAUCUGUUUCAGCAAUUGGUGCUUUGUAUUGGCUUCCACAGAUUGAUGGCUGUAACCAUGUAGUUUCCUUGGGAUUUCAUGAUGAGAAAUUCCUAACUGUACCUCUACCAAUCAGCAGCACAAAAAACGAUCGACUCGUGGAAAUCGGAGGGUCCCUGAGCUUCAUAACUCAUGCCACAUUGAACUUGAUUCAGGUAUGGAUACUGAAGAAUGGGAGUUGGUUAAAGAGGUACAGCAUCAACAGGUUAUAUGAUAUCACAAGAUUUAUUCCCCUUUGCGCGUCGACUAAGGAGAUAUUUUUCCAGAGGGAAGAAGGAUAUCCUUUGUUACAUAUUUACAACUUUGAAGCUGAAGAAAUGCAGGAGAUUAAUUUCAAAGGCACCAACAGAGUUGGAGAUCUUUAUAUGCCUCUUGUAAAGUCCCUUGUUUCAUGGGACAAUCCUCAAUAUCAAUGAGAUGUGUAAUGUAAUAUAAGGCAUUAAAACUUCGAAACUAUGAAGUUAAUAUUAUGGUUCUGCAAUAAGAAACUCAGAUAUGUAAAGUUAAAGAGUUGAAAUCUAUAUCAACUUCGAAUUCGAAAGGAAAAAAAAAGGAUCA